AAGGUAUGGGAGACAUCGGCCUUCAGAACUGGCACUUGACUCUUUAUUUACGUAGGGCAUUUUUCUCUUCACUUUGUCUCUCAGCUUUUUGAAGAUUGAAAACAAACUGACUUGGACUGGAAUUCUGGAGUUAUUUUUUGGAGCUCAUUGCCACACUUGAUACUCUUAACUGCUAAAUAUCUUGACAUUUGGAGACUAAAUGGAGGAAACCCAACUACACUUUGGUCGGUGAACUCCCUGCUCGCAACACAAAGAAAGCAAACGAUCCUCUCCAGAAGGAGAAAAGAAGAAAGGACAGAAAGACAGAAGCGCUCCGUGCUGAUAAGGUUACGAUUUGGAGUGGAACGUCCCAGGGUGCCACAAUGAGAAUUGAGCUUCGUUACGUCAUGCCGGGCCCAACAGAAAGCCGCCCGCUGCUGUUGCUCGAGCUUCAAGACGCGGCUGGACAGAAGUGCGACCAGCUUCACGACGUUGUGAAGGAAAUCGAAAGGCUCAAAGGGAAUGAAGUGAACGGCAAUAAAAUAAGCAGCCUGAUUGACACGAAGUUUCAUAAACUCCAGCAGGACUAUGAAAGCCUGAAUAAGGAGAUCUUACUGUUGCUGACCAAGGAGGAGGAGAAGAGGAAGCACCGCAAAGAGUUCUCGUCGAAUGUAAAGAUGUGCAACGAGUUCCUUGGAGCUACGAUGAGUUGGCUUCAGAGGGUGCAGCAGCGACGGAUCAAAAAAGAGGGCAAAGUGUCGACGGGCACAGCGAUGGGACCGCUUGGGGACAAAUUCAGGGGUCUGAUGAGAGGAGAUGACGUUCAACCAGACGACCGAGCUUCCCGGGUGCUGGUCAGGAAGACCACAGACGUCACAGCGUUUGGGGGGUCACCUGAAAGUAACGCCGACUUGGUGACAUCGCGACACUCCACCCGCCCGUCCCCACACACAAAGUCCCCAACAUGCAGGAGGAAAGCCGAGGAACGGGCAGCGGCUUUGAAAUGGACGCCAGCUCUUGAGGUCCACGGGGUCCGGUCGGCUGGUCAGCAGAAAGCCCAGAAAGAGUCCAGUGCAAAAUGGAAAGGCCUCGAUGUGGAGGCGGACGGAAUGAACAGUUACUACAUGGCCAAGACGUGCGAGUGUAGAGGGAGCAGGGAGGAGAAUGACAAGGGGGUCCGCUCGGGUCCAAUGAGAGCUUCAGACGACUCGGAGGGGCCGGAGAUGUCAGGUCAGCGGAGCACAAUGGCGGAGCGCUCGACUAAACCACAGAGGGUGAUGUCCCUGCCACCCCUGCACGUCCCAGUGUUUGACGGCGAUCCUCUGGACUUCUUGCUGUUCUUUAGCUCUUUUGACCAUUUGGUGGACAGUCGGUGUGAAAGCGAUGAAGACAAAUACUUCUACCUGCACCAGUUUACCAGCGGGACGCCACACGUCAUUGUCCGGAGCUUCUUGCACAAGGCGUCAGAUACGGGCUACAGAGAAGCCCGAAACAAGCUCUAUAAAUUUUAUGGGCACAAGUACAUGAUAUCGAAGGCGUUUCUGGACAAGGCGAUGGAGUGGCCACCGAUCAUGGAGGACGACACCGAAGCAUUGCACUCCUACUUGUUCUUUCUCCUCACGUGCAGAAACGCCAUGAGUCAAGUGAACUGCAUGGAAGAAAUGAACUUCGUGGCAAGCAUGAGAGCCUUUGUCUCAAAGCUUCCCCACAAGCUUCGGCAGAGUUGGCAGCGGACGGCCUUCAGGAUCGAAGACGGGGGACGUGGGCGACGGGCAACGUUUCCCGACCUGGUGGAGUUCCUAAAUCGUCAGGCUGAGAAGGACGUGCACCCCGCGUUUGGGAAGGACUCCGGGGGUCUCCCAUCUCCAGAGAGCAAAGACAAGACCCCGGAAGAUAAGCCCCUUCGCAGAGGCACCCAGGGGGAAAGCCGUCUCGCCACGGCCCCCGAAAAGGAGACCACCCAAGACGGGGCCGUCAAGAAGUCCAAGGCGGCCGUUUGCUCGUUCAAGAAGCCUUGUGCAUUUUGUAGCGGUGGGCACGCUCUGGCAGAAUGCAGGAGGAUCAAGGAACUGACCAACAAGGUCAGGAUCGAGUUUUUGAAGUCGAAAGGCUUGUGCUUCAAGUGUCUCAGACAGGGGCACCUUAGCAAGAACUGCGAAGACAAACUGAAAUGUCGAAUCUGUGCCCAGCUUCACCCGGACAUCUUGCAUUUCAACAAAGAAGAGAGAGUCGCUCCUGUCGCAGAAAAGGAGAAUGGCACCGGGACCGAGAACGGAGGCAUGGGGGCACUGGGAGCCGGAGGGGCCAGCGAAGGUCAAGUCAAAGCCAAGUCGAAGGGGGCUGGCGGGCAUGGUGGUGGCACCAACUACCCCUGUAUGGGUCCUGGCAGGGACAACGUGACCUUGUGCGCCAAAGAUCCUCAAAAACGAGGAGGAGGAGAAGGAGGAAGAAGUCCAACUGCUACCGGCACGCAGCCAAGAGACGGCGGCGAUACAAACGCAAAUGCGGACGUGGAGAAACUGCAGCAGCAGCUGGAGGACAUGAAGGAGAAGGCGCUGUGCCCAGUCUGCCUGGAUCACGUCAAGAAUACGGUGUUCAUGUGCGGCCACAGCACCUGCCAGCCGUGUGGGGACCGCCUGAGUGACUGUCCCAUUUGUCGCAAGGCAAUUGAGCAUAAAAUUCACCUCUAUUAA